GGAUCUGUACAAGCACAUACUACCUUAAAGGGACAGGGCAGUGUCCUUCUUGCAGCUGUUCUUCUGUUGAAGACACAUGGUUGGGGAGAUUUAAUUCACUUUUUGCAAGCGGGACCUGGGGUCCUAAGUUUAUAUAAUGGCUAUCAUGGGGGUACAGAUGGUAGUCACCCUACUGGUGGCUAGCAUAAUGCAGAGAAUAUCCCCUCAUUACUCCUUUGGUCGCUGGCUCCUGUGCAAUGGCAGCCUAUUUCGGUACAAGCAUCCAACAGAAGACGAGCUGCUGACAUUAGUCGGAAAACAAAAACCAAAAGGCAAGAGAGAAAGGAGAUUUAAUGGUGUGACAGAGGAGAAGGCACUGACUGUGCCCAGAGAUAUAAACCUGCAUUUGAAUACACAGCCAAUCACUACAAUAGAUGCACUAGUGCUUCGUUACUUCCUGGAGUACCAGUGGUUUAUAGACUUUUCAUUGUACUCAACUUUCAUCUAUCUGUUUACUGAGGGAUAUUACUGUCUGGUAGAUGCCUCAAGCGAAGUGAAUAUAGGGGUCCUCUGGUGUUUACUGACGGUCAUCUUCUCUGUUAAAGUCCUAUUCACGGUUAUGCAACAUUACUUCCGCUCAGAAGAGGGAGGAGAGCGAUCCGUCUGUCUGACCUUUGCCUUCUUCUUUCUUCUCAUUGCCAUGAUAGUGAUGAUUGUCAGAGAAGAAUAUCUGGAAUUUGGACUGGAACCAGGUCUGACCAGCUUUUGUGAUAAUUUGGAACGUUUCUUAGUGCAUCAUGGCUGGCAGUGGUCGGUUCCCUUUACUAAACUAGCCUUCAAAAUCAUGCUGGUUGCCCUCUGUUCUUUCCUUGGCGGAUGUCUCACCUUCCCCGGUUUGCGCUUGGCACAGACUCACCUAGAUGCACUAAAGAUGACUGCUGACCGCCCGCUACUACAGCUCUUGCUUCAUGCCAGCUUCCUCCCGCCUGUUAUUGUUGUAGUAUUGUGGAUCCGGCCAAUAACCAGAGACUUACUACUAAAUGCACCAAUGGGGAAGGAGUCUGUUCAGUUGAUGUCAAAUUCUGCUUACAACAGUUUCCGUUUGUGGAUCAUUGUGAUAUUGUGUCUGCUACGCUUUGCCAUGACCCGUUUCCAUCUGCAGGCUUAUCUCUGUCUUGCAGAACGUUGGGUGGAUCAGAUGAAGAGAGAGGCAGGGCGCAUCUCUGUGUUGGAGAUCCAGCGCAAGAUCUCGCGCAUUUUCUGCUAUCUGACUGUGGUUGCCCUGCAGUAUCUGGCGCCCGUUAUCCUCACUUUCCACUGUGUCCUCCUGCUUAAGUCUCUUGGUGACUAUUCCUGGGGACUGUAUCCUGAGCCCCCUGGCCUCUCUCCAGCUGUAGAUUACCCACCAACCCCACCAGCUUCCUCCUCUGAUGAAGAUGAAGACUCAGAGGAUGUCCAGGUUGCUGUGGAUCAGAUUAUGGGAGCGUUAGGAGCCUUGCGCAGCCUUUUUACUCCCAUCUUCUUCCGUGGCCUUUUUGCCUUUCUUACUUGGUGGGUCUCGGUUUGUCAAAUCAUCACCAGUCUUUUUGGCCUCUACUUCCAUCAAUACUUGGGAUCUUCUUAAUGAAAGACAAAAGUAGCUGUUGGUCAUUAGAUUAACUUUGGACAAUUUGUAAUCACAUGCAGAAAGGGAAACAUUAGGCACGUUUUCCCAAUAACAACAUUUUGUAAAUGGUCUUUAUGACAAACCCUGUCCAAUCAUCAACUAAAAGAAAAUGUAUUAUAAAUUAUUUAUGCCUAUAUUUAAAAUAAAAAAAAAAAUGGUGACUGAGAACGCCAGAGCAGAAAUCACAUGUGUUGCCUCUAUUGGACAUUGGUUAAAAUCGCUAGAUGGUAAGCGGUUAUUACAGCAAUUUUUUUUAUUAACGAUGACACCUAGAAGGGCAUUAAAACUAAAUCCAUACACCAUACCUCCAAAAAAAUAAUUAUUAUUAUAAUAUACUGGAACUUUACUUAAAAAGGGAGUGAUUUUAUUAUUUAUAAAAAAAUGAUGAAAUAUAACUUAGGGGAUUCAUUAUUUUUGCAGAACGUUUGAAUCUAUGCAAUCUUUAUUGAAAUACUGCUGCUCACAGCGUCCUAUUGGAUUUGUUGAGGGCCAAGUUGUGUUCUCUUCAGGGAAGUUGAAGCCUCUCUUCUUUAUGUUUAUUUAAAGAAUCAUGUCUGCACUAGAAAUUAAUGGUUUUUCUUUUUUUUUAUGUAAAAUAAAAGAUUUUAUGCUACA